UCCGGCUCCUCCUCCUGUUCGUUCCGCACGGGCGAGGCGCUCUCGGGUGAGCGGCGGGGGGGACACGAUGGGAAAGAGGGGAGAGGGGGAAAAGAGCGGGAUUUCUCCUUCCCAAAGCUUGGCCAAAUAGAGGAGGAGGCUGCGAGGAAGAGGAAGAUGCCACAGGACCCCCAGGCAGACAACAACUUGAGGACAGAGACCAUGGAGGACAAAUCCCCCUGGCAGAACCUCAUGGAAGAGGCUGUUUUGAACAGCUCCACUGUGCGGGAAGGCAACGGGGAGGAAAAGCCACAAACAUUCCCCAUGGGAAAGGGCUCCAAACCCACUCCAUGGUGCUCCGAGGAGGAAAGACCCCCCGUGUGCUGGGAACGUGGCUGGAGCUUCAGCCAGAGCUCUCAUCUGGUGGUCCAUGAGCAGCUUCACAGCAGAGAGAAGCCCUUCACGUGCUUGGAAUGUGGGAAGAGCUUCAGUUGGAGGUCCCACCUGAUCCGCCACCAGAAGAUCCACACCGGGGAACGACCCUACACAUGUGGGGAAUGCGGGAAGAGCUUCAGUCAGAGCUCUGACCUGGUGGUCCAUCAGCGUCUUCACACCGGGGAACGGCCCUACAAGUGCUUGGAAUGUGGAAAGAGCUUCAGCAAGAACUCCAGCCUCACAUACCACCAGCGCUUCCACAGUGGGGAACGGCCCUACAAGUGCUUGGAAUGUGGGAAAAGCUUCAGCCAGAGCUCCCACCUCCUCACCCACCGCCGGCUGCACACAGGGGAACGGCCCUACAAGUGCCUGGAAUGUGGGAAGAGCUUCAACCGUAGCUUCAGCCUUGUCAUCCACCGGCGUGUCCACACCGGAGAACGGCCCUACAAAUGUCCUGAGUGUGAGAAGAGGUUCCGGACCAGCUCUGAUCUCCUUCUGCAUCAACGAAUGCACACAGAGGAGAGGCCCUUCCGCUGCACCGACUGUGGGAAGGGCUUUGUCCGCAGCUCUGACCUCAUUAAGCACUGGCACAUCCACACCGGGGAGAGGCCCUACAGGUGCUUGAAGUGUGGUAAGAGCUUCAACCAGAGCUCUGCCUUGACCUCACACCAAAGGACCCACCGGUAAGGGAAACCAUCCGAGUGCUCCAACUGCAGAAAAAGCUUCGUCCGCUGCUCCAACUCCAUCACCCAUCGGAGGACCCAUGUUGGAUGAUCCACAGUGACUCACAUUGGGCAGAGACCUGGUGGGUAAAGGCCUGUUGACUAACGUUUCUGGUGACCCAUGUUCCUUGUAACCCACUGUGGUAGUGCUUUACCCCCCCCCAGGCCUCGCUAUGAUCUGAGAAAUGCUCGUUAGGCCUCAGCCUUGAUGAACAGUCCCUGGGCUGAGCUGCUCUUGAGCUGCUCAGAAACACUGUCUGCUCAUAGGAACUGGUGCUGUGUAAUGAGCUCCUGCUUUUCUUAACCAACGGCCUUGGAAACUUGUUUUUCUUGCCUGAAGAACAACCCAAGUAGAAUCGUAUUUUUGUUCUCCAACUUUCAGAGAAAGUCCCUAACCUGAACUGGGGCCAGGAUGGACAAUUCCUGUGCCUUAAAGCCCCUUCUGCGUGGACCCCAUAACCAGUGGUGCUGAUUGAGACCCUUUGAGCUCUCUGAGGCCGCAGCAGCUGCGACAGCAACCUCCCUUUGCUUGGGCCUCUCAGAACCCCCAACUACGACGGAUUAGUGGGACGGGGGAGACCUCCAGGCCUUAGGCUGCUAGCCCCAUUACCUGCGAGGUGAAUGCCCUUCCCCCCGCCCCAGCACGUGGCCGGCAACCCCACAAGGAGCCCACACAAACCACCAGGGAGGGACGGACGAAAGAGAAAGUUUAUUGUGGGGAAGGGGUUUAUAAGGCUUUUAGGAGGGUCAAAAGGGGGCCAAUCACAAGUUCAGGGGCACAGAAAAAAACAAUCAGGUAAGGGGUCAACAGCCAACAGGAAGGGGUUAACAAGGACCAAUAAGAAACACCUCAGAACACUUUCCCAGGACACCUUGUAUGAGAGACAAGUCCCCCACAGGGGGUGUUGGGAAGAAGAAACAGUAACCUUGCAGAAAAUACAAAAAGCCAUUUUGAAAACAUGUUUAAACCACAUUAAAAACUUCUGUCUCCAUAACGUUUGAGCUGUUUUCCUCUUUCUCCUCACCAGUCCAUCUCUGACAGGACUUCUUCCAUCCUGCAUAUGGCAAAUCCAUUGCCACACCCAACUCUCCCAUUUGCUGCAUUCGGAGGAUCCCGACUGACAGCAGAUCCAGGGCUGAUCCCUCUCACUCCUUGAGGCUCAGCCGUUCUUCUGAGAAUGUGCAGUGGCAUCCCAAGGGAGGAUUUUCCUGAAUCCCAAGGGAAUUGUUCCCAGGUACCUUGUCCAGACUCUUUCUGUCUGUGUGAGUGUGAAUCUGCCAUAACAAAUGUCCCGGGAACACUGCUCUCCUGGAUUCUUCAGCACUUUGGAUUUGUAAGUCAGUCAGGCCUGUAAGUGAGUUACUGUUACGGUGUUGUAAAUUCUAUAUGAAUGCUUUGCUAAAUUGUUUGACUUCAGUUAUCAGUUAAGUGCUGUUAAGUUAAGUGCUGUUGGGCCUCUAGGCAUAAACUGUUGAUCAAGUUCAGGCUCAGUUUAGCAUGGUGGCAGCUGCGGCAGGGGCCUGACCCUGCCCAAGACGGCUGAUGCCACCUGCCCACUCCAAACUGGGCUGUACUGGUGCUCCCAGUGCUGUGUGGGCCAGGGCCACUUUUGGGAACCCCCCCGGCAUUGUCCGGCUGCUUUUGGGGUGUCAGCACCUGCCUAGCACUGGGGAUAGGCUGUGUGGGAGGAGUUGGGGCCGGACUGGUGGUGCUGGGAACUCCCCCGGCUGCGGGCAAGGGGAACUCGGGGGAGCGGGAAGGGGGGAGACAGUGGGAAAACAGGGCAAAAGAGGGAGUGGGACACCCAAACCAAGCGGGACAGGGGUGUGACAACCCAAACCAAGAUCAGUGAUGGCUGGGGAUUGUGGACGAUUGGAAAGGGGGAGGAGAGAGAGGAAAAGGUGGGGCUUUGGACCAUCAAAAUGAGCUCAGAGGGGCUAGGUCACCAAAUCCAAGCAAGGUGAGGGGGGAUACCAAGCUGUCAGGGGAGCUGGGGAUUGUGAGGAUGAUGAGGAAGGGGUGAGACAGUGAGGAAAAGAGUUGGAACAGCGGGCACAGGUGUCCCAUGGGGGUCCUGUUGCAGGAUGCUCUGCCUGGAAUGGGGUAAAACAACACCAGCAAGGCCCUGUUUGAAAAGCCCUCAGUGGGAAAUUAAGAAGGGCGGGGAGGAGGUUGUCAUGCUGUUUUGGGGACUGAACAAAGCUAAAACCAGCCUGACUCAUCAAUCCCUAAGUUAAACAUCCUGAGAGUGAGAGAAUAUUUGGCAGACCUUGUAAAAUAUCUGGAUAUAAAGGAACAAACAAGUGACACCGCUGAGAACCUCUCCAAAGCUGCUGAGCUGGCAUAGCCUGGACACACCUGACUGACAGUCCAGCACUUUAUACUAGAAAAGCCCAGUCCCAAAUUUUAAAGGCAGGGUCUUCUGACAUAUCCCUUCUUGGGAUUGUGUGUGGAGAUUCCUGCCUGAAGUGGGGACGUCCCUCAAAGUCACUCCUCAAGGCUAAGCCAAAGAGAUUUGCCUAAGGUCUUUGGUCUGGGUGAGUGACAUCAAUCUCUACUUAAUAAUUGGUUUUGGUUAAAUGCAAUUGCUUUGGUACAGUUGCUUCAAUAUUGCUUCCUCGUGCACUAUAUUGCAACAGUUGUUAUAGCUGCUAUACUGGGUAGUAAAUAAUUCUGAUUAAGAUAUUUUUACUUAAUCAUUAUCAUAAUAAAUCCUAUAUAUAUUUAUAUAAAUAUAUCUGGUUUGUAGUCCAGACCUCUGGGAUAUCACCAUGGAAGCCCUGUCACUGCAUGGGACAUCACAGCUCUUUAGCAGCAUAGACACCUCUGUUGUCACCAUGAAGCCUCUGUGAGUGCCUGUGGCAAAUUGGCUCCUUAGCAACCAUCACAAUUUCCUGUUGCUGUGGUCAGUUUCCAUGACAACCAUCACCAGGAUAUGUUGCUCAUGCAUGGCCCACGGCAGCUCCAUGGAGAUGCAACCACCCCGGGGUGGUUGCCAUGGGAACAAGCUGAGUCCUGUAGCCAGAGUCCGUUGCUAUGGCAGCGAUUUACGAUCCUAUACCGCUUGUCAGUUACCACAGCACCCAUCAGUGGACCCCUUCCUAAGUGUGGUGCCAUGGCAACCACGAUUUGGACCAGUUGUGAUAGUUGGUUGCCAUGGAAACCUGCAUUAGGGCACAUUGCUAUGGGUUUGUGCCAUGGAAUUCUGGGUCUGUGACGUUUCCGUGGCAGCUUGGGUCAGCUGUCCCAGCAAUCAUCAUAGAACCCCAUUGCCAGAGACUGUUGUCAUGGACACUUGCACUGAGACCUGUUGCUAAGUCUGGUUGCCAUGGCAACCAUCAGAAAGACCCAUUGCUAUGGCGGUUGCUAUGACAACCUGCAGGGAGACUGUUGCUGCAGUUUCCAUGGCAACCAUCAAUAAGUCCAUUGCCAGGGACCUCAGUCGUGGACACUUCCAUGAGUUGUUUGCCAUGGAAACCAUCCCACAAUCUUAUUGAAAGAUUGGUUGCCAUGGCAAGCAAUAUAAGAAUCCAUUGCUAAGGUUGGUUGUCAUGGCAACCAUCCCAAUGCCCUGUUGCUGCGGCAGGGGCACAGCACUGACCCUGUGAGACCUGGUGCUGGGGAAUGGGCACUGGGAGAUGAUUUGGGCUGGGAGGGAGUAAGUUUCCUUCCAGGGGGCUUCUCUGGGACUGGGCUGGGAACAGGGGGGAAAAUUCUGGGAGGUUUUUGUUUCUGCCCAGAGCCAAGGCCUUUCCUGCUCCUCAUCCUGUCCUGCCAGCAAAGGGAGAUGGAGGUGCACCAGGAGUUGGGAGGGGACACAGCCAUGACAGGUGACCCCAACUGACCCCAGUGAUGUCCCAGACCAUGUGCCAUCACUGUCAGGUGUGGAAAAGGAGGGCAGACUGGGGAAGGAGGGAACACUGGGAGCGAUGGUGUCUGUGUCCCGAAGUCACCAUUCCCUGAGGUGGAGCCCUGCUCCCAUGGGGAUGCUGAACACCCCCCUGCCUGUGGGAAGCAGGGAGGGAGUUCCUGAUUUUUGCUGCCCCCAUGGAACUGUCUGUGCCUCAGCCCAGGAGUUUGGUCCCUUUUGCUCUCUGGGUUGUACCCCGUCCUGCAGGUGCUCAGACGUUGCCACAAUUAGCGAUGGAACCAGGUGUGAGGGGCAGUGCUAGAGAAACAGACUCAGAGAGACAUCGGUAGGGACUGUUGCCAUAGCAACCAGCACUUGGACUAUCAGUCCAUUGCCAGGGACUCUUGCCAUGGCAACCAGAACCAUUUCUUGUGACCUAGGGCUGUUGCCAUGGCAACCAUCCCUCAGUCCAUUGCCAGGGACUGUUUCCAUGAACACCUGCCCUGAGACCAAUGACCAGGGCCAGUUGCCAUGACAACCACCAUACAGGUCCAUUGCUAUGGUUGGUUCCUAUGGAAACCAUCUCAUGACCCAUAGCUAUGGCAGUUGCUAUGGCAACAUUCCCACGAGCUGGUUGCUGAGGUCAGAAACAAUCACAGUCCAGUUACUGGAGUUGGGUUACUGUGGGAACAUUCACUGAAAUUGGUGGCUAUAGCUGGUUGCCAUGGCAUAGUUAAACGUGGCAACUAUGCCAUGGCAUAGUUAAAACCCAUUACUGGGGACUGCUUCCAUGGAGAUGUGAGCUGAAACUCUUUGAUAUGAUUAGUUGGCAUGGCAACCAUUAGAAGACUUGUUGCUGGAAACUGGUUCCAUGAACAAUUAAACAGAGACCCAUUGCUAUGGCAGUGGUCUCCAUGGCAACCAACAAAUGACCCGUCACGAUGGUGGUUCGCCAUGGUAACUUCCUCCAAUGCUAGUUGCUGAGGACUUUUGUUAUGGAGACUUCCACUGGGUCCAGUUACAAGGGGUGGUUGCCAUGGCAACCUGCACAAAGACCUAGGGCUUGUGUUGGGUGGCGAGGUAACCUGCACUGAAUUUCUUGAUGCAGAUUGGUUACCAUGGCAACUGUCAUAAAGCCCCAUUACAAAAUCUUGGUGCUAUCACAGCUUCCUCUUCCAUGUGUUGCUGUGGUUGGUUGCCAUGGCAACCAUCAUCAAACCCUUUCCUACAGCCCAUUGCCAUGGGCAAUGCCACUGAGAUUCAUUGCUGAGGUCAGUUACCAUGGCAACCAUCCUAAAUUCCCAUUGCUAUGGUCCGUUACUGCAGUGUCCUGCUUACAGAGAAGGGGGUGGAGUUUAGUGCAGUGUGGGGAUGACCAGGUAUUUAUUCCACAUCCAUGUCAUCACUGGGAAUGUGGUUUGGGCAGGAAAAGCCAGGGCUCUGGACACAAAGUACCCCAUCCUGCUUUGCUCUCUCUGGUGGAGGGACUGUCAGCAUCAGACCUGUGCUUCCUGUCCUCUGCCCCACUGGUUCCCCCUCCCAUUUUCUCCGGAGAAUGACAAUGGACCUCUGAUGCUGAAAGGGACAGAGAGGAAAAACAUAAUCGGCAACAGUGCUGAACCAACAGCUCCUGCAGGGAAGCUGCCAGCAGGGACAGAGUGGUGACAAGGUGAUCCCCCCUCAGGCUGAGCUUCUCAAGCGAGAGAAAAGGAGGCCUGCACAGGACUGAGCCUCAAGGAGCGGCUGCAUGGCACUAUCAGGACGGCCCAACUCCUGGGGUUUGGUUUGUCCUUGUUUUCAUUGUUUUCAGGCUGAGGGGAUGGGAAAUGUUAGCCUUGGCACAUUGCUGUGUUAGCUCCCUGAGCACAUUGCCUUAAUUUCCCAAAUACCACUUGGCACAGCAUGCGGGAGCUCCCCCACCACAUUGCCUUUGUCUGGGGACACUACGCAGACACAUCCCACGAGGAGCACCUGCCAUCUUGUUUGUGUGCCCAGUGGUGAAUACCUUUUGGGGGUUAAACACUUUCUUUUUUUGUAUACUUUUGCUCUUAAUAUUGCUGUUGUUACUGUGCGUGUCUUAUUCCAUUGCUGUGUGCUUUCAGAAAAUUGUUAUCUGAA